AUGAACUUCAAACAUCAGCAUAGAUUUGCCGCGCCGCGUACAUUGAAUGAGCACAUGGUCAUUUUUGGCAGCACCAGGCCCAUCUGGAAGUACUGGGCCAAUAAAAAUGAGAACAUUUACAGAAAUCAGUACAGGCUGAAGGAGUACGUGCAGUUUCUGCCACCAGUUGACUUGGGCUGGAGAGCAGAACCGGUGGUGGGGUCUUUGUCGAAUGUGGAGUAUCGGCCAGGAGGUGGGGACAAAAAAAUAUUCAGCGAGAGGCUUCACUGGAGAGCAAACGCAAAAAUUGGAUCUUUAGAUAGUAAAGAAAGUAAAUUCACAGUUGGUCAGAGCAGUUCUUCUGAUGAUUGGGGUGCUGGUUCCCCUCACCACCACAUCGUGUCGAGCAGUAGGAAUGGUGAUUUUGUGAAAAGAAAGCCUUAUGAACAUAUUGAACCAAAGGUUGGAUCGCUGGAUAAUAUCGGCCAUGUUCCUGGAGGCGGACAUUUUCAGAUACACAGUCAGUCCCCCAGGUGGAAGAAGGAAUCAAAAAUUGGUUCUCUUGACAAUAUCGACCAUAAUCCACAGAAAAGCAAUGUGCAGAUCACUCAUCGAAGAUUAAAUUGGCAUGCCAAGCCUAAAAUUAGCUCUCAGGACUAUAGCCGUCUACUGCCAAGAACUUUAGAACGAAAUAGUUAUGAUUUUAAGCAGACGCAGGGCAUUUUUCCUCGAACUGAUUAUCUCAGGAACAAUUAUGUUCCAGUGGGCGGAAGUUUAAACAUUCCUAGCAGAAAUUUACCGCGAAAAGGAGAAUCCACAUGA